AUGCCUGUCUUUCAAGAAACCUCAAACGCGGCGAGGGAUCUUAGAAUUCUGCCUUCACGCGCGCUGCCGCUACCCAGACUAUCACCUCUUCCGGAUCUCACAUCAACCGCUGAGGAACAUCGCGAAAUUGUGGUUAUCGGCGCAGGACCCAGUGGUCUUUUUCUUACCUUACUUCUAGCCAGGUAUGGCCUGCGAGACUCCUCACUUCUAUGUCUCGAUUCCAAGUCAGGGACUCUGAAGGCGGGUCAAGCAGAUGGACUCCAACCACGAACUCUGGAGGUUUUCCAAAGCUUGGGGAUAGCGAGCGAGAUUAUCAGCGAGGGCUGUCAUAUGGAAGAGGUCGCAUUUUGGAACCCCUCCCCUACUAAGGGCAUAGAGCGAAGUAGCUUCGCGCCUGAUGUCAACGUACCUGCUCGCUUUCCCUUCGAGGUCACGAUUCACCAAGGACGCAUUGAGCGUAUUCUGGAAGAAAAUCUCCAUCUUUACGCCGGGAAGGACACAAUUCGAAGGUCGAGUCGUUUCCUGGAAUACACAGUCGACGAGACCAAUCCUGAGUUUCCUAUCCUUGUUAAAUAUGAACACGGUCUUGCCGACGGGACGACUCAGCAAAGCACCGUACGGACAAAGUAUUUGGUGGGGGCAGACGGCGCACGCUCAAAAGUUCGAAAGUGCAUGGGUCUCGAACUCCAAGGCGAAACGAGUGAUCACAUAUGGGGCGUCUGUGAUUUCGUUGCCGACACCGACUUCCCAGAUAUUCGAAAACGCUCUGCCGUUCAUUCUGACGCAGGGUCGGUCAUGAUCAUUCCCAGAGAGCAGAUCGCUACUGGCGAGUAUCUCACACGACUUUAUGUACAAGUCCCUGGUGAGGUUGACACGAGCCAGGAUACCGGUACGGACAAGAAAUCGGCGGGUAAGAAGAGGCGUGGUGCUGUCACCUUGGAUUACAUCUUUGAACAAGCAAAGGCUGUGUUUGCGCCAUAUGAGAUCAAGAUCAAAGAGGGCACCGAGCCUGAUUGGUGGGCUGCGUAUCAAAUUGGUCAACGCAUGGCUCCUAAGUUUUCUGGAAAGACUUUUGAUGGUUUGGAAAGAAUAUUCAUUGUUGGAGAUGCCUGCCAUACUCACAGCCCCAAAGCCGGACAGGGCAUGAACGUGUCAAUGAUGGACUCAUACAAUCUUUCAUGGAAGCUCGUCCACAGCCUCCACGGUCUUACUCGCCCAAAGUCUCCUGGCUCCAUCGAUUCUGUUCUCGAAACAUUUGACCAGGAACGUGUUGACGUAGCUCGUCAGCUCAUCGAGUUCGAUGCCAAGUUCUCACACAUGUUCUCUGGUAAAAUCGGUACAGGCGAUGCAGAGACGUCAGGUUUGACUCACGAGGAGUUUCUUAGCGUGUUUAGCGAAGGCAGUGGGUUUACAAGUGGUUGCGGACUCCAGUACAAGCCGAGCCAACUUGUGAAAACAGCUGAAGAGGACUUGCAUAGUGAUAUGCCUCAUCGGGAUCCACUGGCUGGUGCUUUAACCCCCGGCAGGAGACUUCUUGACGUGGAGAUUAAGCGUUAUGCUGAUGCUACCAGACGUCACCUCCAAGACGAAUUGCCACCAACCGGUCGAUACUACGUCCUCGUGUUCGCUAGCAACGAUUUACUCGAGCCCUCUGGCGCUUCGCAAUCAGCGCUUAGAUCAUCCGUCGAGAUCGUCAAAGGCUUCCCCAAAGGUACUGUAAGUCUUGCGGUUGUUCAUCCACUUGACAAGCGCUUUGGGUGGCCCGACUUACCUCAAGGAGUCAAAGAGCUUGCCGAAAUGCGGGUUUAUGGACUGGCAAAGAAGGAAGAUAUAUAUGAGGUCCUCGGGGUGUCGAAGGAUAAUGGGUCGGUGGCUGUUGUCAGGCCUGACGGUUACGUUGGUAUGCUUGCAAUACUUGCCGGGAUAGAUCAUGUUAGGGAGUACCUUGACGGUUGCUUGGUCCGGGCUUGA